GGUGUUUUUCACAGCAACUUCGCGCCUAAAGAGUUUGCUUACCUCAACAUCACAAGAAUCGGCUCACAACUUGUCCGAAAGGAUAUCGAGUGUGGAUUUGCCUGUUUGGAAAUCACUUCAUGUCUCCUCUUAAACCUGGCUGCAUUUCCCGAUGCCAAUGGAAAACUGUCAUGUGAACUGCUUCCAUCGGACAAGUAUAACAACUCAGACAAAUUCAUCUACAGCCCGAUUUUCAACCAUUUCAGUAUCCCGGUAGGUGCAAAUUCAUUUGUUUCAGUUUUAGCAACUGACAAGGAAAAAAAAAUGAUUGUCAGAGGAAUAGUGUGAACUAAAUUUAUAGCAUUAUUAGUGGCCAACAAAAGUCGAGAAUACACAUUCGGAAGUACCUUCAUCAUCCCAUGUUCUCUAAUUUUGUAUCACCAUAGUGUCCACCAAUCACAGACCGUCGAUUGAUAGAGCUGUUUAAUAAAUAAUGAGUCGUUGAUAUUGCUUCAUGCAAAUGACAGCUUAUUCAUUUUCAACAGAACCCUUGCUCCAGUGAUCCUUGCAUGAACGGUUCAACUUGUGUGGCCAAGUACAUCGAUGAUGAUUAUCAGUGCGCAUGCUCUCCAGGAUUUAAAGGAACACAAUGUCAAAUAAAAAUAGGUGUGUCGACGUAGCAUGUUCGAUUUAUUACCAUCCAACUAUAUCUUGCUCAGUGCUACAUUUAUUUCGAUAUCUAUUGCGACUUGAGUGAGUUGUAUGCUGAUUUUUUUCCUUUCCCAAGCUCUGGGGAAAGACUGUAAAGACAUUAAGAUGCGAGGUGAUUCUGGUGGAGAUGGUAUGUAUCAAUUGGACCCGGAUGGAGGAAGCCUUUCAAAUGCAUUCUGGGCCUACUGUGAUAUGACGUCAUACAAUGGAGGUUGGACUAUGUGUUACACUACCGAUGAAUACGUCAAACCCAGGACCGAGGUCACAUACAAUGCCUCUUUUCCUUAUGGAACUGCCGACUACAGGACCAACUGCAACAACAUCUCUGUAAGAUGAUUGACUAACCUCUUAUCCCUAUGAAUACGGAUCGCUUAGUAUUCUCUCCUUAUAAUGCAUUUUAUAUACUCGUAUCUAUUCGUUCACUGCACUGAAAAUGGCUGCUGCACUGUGCCUUCCUAGCUAAAGAAAAUACUAAAGCACAUAAAACCUAGACAAAGGCUGUGAAAAAGGUCAGAAUUUUACAACAUGUAAUACGCAUUGUCUCUUUUUCAAGUUUACAGAGAUUAUGUUCUUGGAUCAUCAAACUUUGGCUAAAGUGUAUUUCAAGCGAAGAACCAACCAGUCCACAACGGCCAAUUUGAAUUAUGGGAUCAAUGCUUCUACUUAUGGAUUUUGGGACGGUGUGGGAGUGAGCGACGCCUACGACUAUCAGCUACUGAUUUGUGAUACCUCAUUCUACAGUGGCUUCUUCGUUUCUGGUUACGCGGAUGAUUGCUACAAGCGGUGUGAUGACUGGUGUGGCGAUUUUGUCUCCCCAUACUUCCGUACUGCAUCUAACGAUGAGCAUUACUCUGGUGUGGCCUUUAACAUCAAUGGCGCCCGAACACUCGAUAAAAGGCUCAUCAGUGUCGGUCUGCGCUGA